AGCGCUCAUGCUUUUAGAGAGGACGUAAGUGAUUCUGAGGCCUCGUGGGACACCCAGACGUGAAUGAUGAGGCUGCUGAGGGGAAUGUCUGAAGAUCUCCUGUAGUUCAUGAUCGCCACGGCCGUCCAGCCCAGAGCCAUGAGCCACACGUCCUGCUGCGUCCUGCUGAGCGUCUCGCUCGCGCUCUCCUGCCGCCUCUGGUCAGUGUGUGCUGAUUUCCCAGCAGUCUUUGGAGACGAGUCGUCUGGUUUUGGGCCCGUGUUUGAGGAGCAGCCCUUCGACACCAUUUACCCUGAAGAGUCUCCUGAGGACAAGAUCAUCAUGAGCUGCAGAACACGAGCGAACCCGCCGGCCUCGAACAGGUGGAGGCUGAACAACACAGAAGUCGUUAUUGGAAAUGACGAUCACUACAGUCUGAUGGGAGGAAACCUCGUCAUCAGCUUCCCCGACAAGAGCAAGCAUGCUGGGAACUACUCGUGUCUGGCCAGCAAUGAGUUUGGGACGCUCGUCAGUCAGAAAGCCUCUGUUCAGUUCGGAUACUUGGACAUGUUUUCUUCGGACGAGCGAGAGGCGGUCUAUGUGAAGGAGGGGCAGGGGGCGGUGCUUCUGUGUGCUCCGCCUCCACACUUCCCAGAGGAUCUGUUCUUCCGCUGGAUACUCAACGAGUUUCCGGAAUUCAUUCCUCUGGACAAGCAGCGCUUCGUGUCUCAGACCACUGGAAACCUCUACAUCUCCACCGUACGAGCGUCAGACAGCGGGAACUACUCCUGUUUCGUCUCCAGUCCGUCCAUCGCCAAGAGCGUCUUCAGCAAGUUCAUCCCACUGGUGCCCAUCGCCGAGCGUUCUCUGAGGAAAUAUCCCGCUGAUAUCAAAGUCAAAUCUCCAGACACGUACACGCUGCUGGGGCAGAACGUCACGCUGGAGUGCUUCGCGCUGGGAAACCCCAUCCCUCAGAUCCGAUGGAGGAAGGUGGAUGGCGAUCUGCCGGUUCAUCGUCAUAACAUCAGUAUGGCAGGAAGUCUCCUCCAUCUCUACAACAUCCAGUACGAGGACGAGGGUUUGUACGAGUGCGAGGCCGACAACUCCAAAGGCAAAGACAGACACAAAGUGCAUCUGUAUGUGGAGGGAGCUCCUAAAUGGGUGGAGAAGAUCAGCAGCUCGGAGAGAGACAUCGGAGGCGAUUACAUCAUGUCCUGUCUGGCCAGCGGGAAACCCAAACCCCACGUGCACUUCCUGAAGAACGGACGAAUGUACGCCAAGAACCAUGAGUUGCAUUUCACAGACCUGACAUUUGAUGAUUCAGCGAUGUAUCAGUGUAUUGCUGAGAACCGUCACGGCACAAUAUAUGCCAAUGCCGAGCUCAGGGUCUUUGCCGGCGCUCCUUCGUUUGAGUGGAAACCCAUGAAACCCAAACUUCUGGGGGCCAAAAACGGGCGCGUGGUGAUUGACUGCAAACCCAGAGCAGCGCCGCAGCCGACCAUCUCCUGGAGCAAAGGAACCGAACUCCUACACAACUCCAGCAGGAUUUUCAUAUGGCCAGACGGGAGUUUAGAGCUUCUGAACGUCACUAAAUCAGAUGAAGGAAAAUACACAUGUUUCGCAGAAAACGACCGAGGCCGAGCGAACAGCUCCGGAUCGCUGUCAGUCACCGACGCCACGAAGAUCACUCUGGCCCCCUCCAACUCUGACGUCAGUGUGGGCAAGAGCGCCAGGAUGGAGUGCGCCACGUCACAUGACCCCACCCUCGACCUCACCUUCGUCUGGUCCCUCGACGCACACGUCAUCGACUUCGACCGAGACAGAGAGCAUUACGAGCACAAAAUGGAUGUUAAUCAGGACGGUCAGGCUGGGAUGUCCAGCUCAGAGCUGUUGAUCAGUAACACCCAGCUGAGACACGCGGGACAUUACAGCUGUACGGCGCAGACGCCAGUGGACAACGUCACGGCCUCCGCAGAGCUGGUGGUCAGAGGUCCCCCAGGUCCUCCCGGUGGUGUGCGUGUGGACGAGGUGAUGACCAGCAGCGUGAGGGUGACCUGGAGUCACGGGACGGAUAACUUGAGUCCCAUCUCCAAAUACAGCGUCCAGUACAGAGACGUGCGAGAGCAGCAGGACUGGAGAGACACCUCCACCUCUCCAGUGAAUGUGGAGGGAAAUGCAGAAAUGUCCUCCGUGAUCAAUCUGACGCCCUGGACGGAGUAUGAGUUCAGGGUCAUCGCCACCAACACGCUGGGCACCGGACCCCCGAGUGACCCCUCGCCCAAAAUCACCACCAGAGAAGCCAGGCCUGUUGUGGCUCCGUCAGACAUCGGUGGAGGAGGAGGAACCAGUCGUGAGCUCACCAUCACAUGGACGCCGGUCCAGCCGCAGUACUACUAUGGCAGUAAUUUUGGCUACAUCAUCGCAUUCAAGCCUCAUAACGACCCUGAGUGGAUGAGAGUGACAGUGACCGAUCCUCAGGCCCAAAAGUACAUCCACAAAGACUCGAAAAUCCCCCCGUCCACCAGGUUUGAGGUGAAGAUGAAGGCCUUUAACAGUCAGGGUGAAGGGCCGUUCAGCGUCAGCGCCUUCAUCUACUCUGCUCAGGAUGUUCCUGCGGAAGCUCCCACCAUCAUCGAGGCGAGGACGCUGUCAGCCACAGAAGCCGUCGUGUCCUGGGUGCCUCUACAGCUGCAGACGGUUGAAGGAUACCAGGUCCGGUGCUGGAGGGAGUCGGUGGAGAACGAGGCAUCUGCACAACGUGUUCUGGUUCCCAGUCGAGAAAACCACACGCGUCUGGACAACAUGAAGCCCAACUCACAUUACCUCAUCGAGGUACGGGCGUAUAACGGCGCCGGCUACGGACCCGCCAGCCAGCGCCACAAAAUCUACACCAAGAAAGCACCUCCUAGUCGGCCUCCUAAAAUCAUCGGCACAAAGAUGAACUACAGCGGCACGACGAUCAACAUCGCCUGGGAGCAGGUGGAGCCGCUGACCAACGAGUCGACAGUGGAGGGAUAUAAGGUCCUGUACAGGCAGGAGGGGCAGCCCAACGGCGUGCUGUACACCACAGCGAAGCAGUCCAUCGAUCUGCCCAUGAAGAAGGGCGAUUAUUUGGUGGAGGUGCGCGCACACAGUGAGGGAGGAGACGGAGCCGUCGCACAAGUGCGCAUCGCAGGUGCAGCCAUUCUGGCAUCUCCAUCUCUUGGCUUCUUCUGGCUUCUCCUCACGGUUCUGUUGAGUUUGAUUCUCUGAAUGUAGUUUCAUCCUGAUUCAAUGAAGCUAAACUCUCACAGGAUGAAACCCACCAAUAUUCAGAGUCCACACGGCUCUGGAGGACAAAAGACUGGAGAUUCAGGACAGAGCGUGUGUUUAAUGUCUGAACGGUUCAAUAUGCCUUACAACAUCUCACACUCUGAUCUCUUAAUGAGCGCUGAUUGGUCCAGACAGAGCGGAAACAGGAAGUGCUGCUGUGAGACUUCCUGUGUGUUUUGGUGACAGAUCAGCGUCUCAUGUUUGUCUUUGUCAUUGUCAGAUCAGUGGCUUUCUCUUAUUUCUGUGGACAGAUACAGUCAAAGCAAACCAACAAUUCACAUUCAACUCCAUUCAGCAUCCAUUCACUUUUAGAGGAUUAUUAUAUAUGCAAUAAUUUAUAAGAUAUUCAUCUAUUCAAGAUUUUUAGAUUUAGAUUAGUUUUUAAAUUAGGAUAUAAUUUUAAAAUCUGUCUUGGGUUCAGGUGAGGAACAUCAGCGGCUGAAUGAAAAUGGACGUUUGUGUUUGAGUUUGUGUUCGUUUACGAGCUUCAGUCUCAGAAAUGUUAUGAAAUAUGAUCAGCUGAGGUAGAUGAACAAAUACUGCAAAUGCAUUUGUGUUUUAGAGAAGCAACAGUGUGAUUUAAUGUGAUUUCACACUGAACACCUCCUAGUGAACACCAGUGCUGGGUAGUAACUGAUUACAUGUAAUCUGG